AUGAUUUGCUAUCCGAGACCCGCUCGGGAUGGUAAGAAGCACCAUGUCAACCAGAAGUACACGACAGAGGAGGGCGACUACAUCAUUUACGCCUCGCAGGACAAGAAGAUGAAGUGGCACCUCAUCAAGCAGGAAUUUGCCAAACUCUUUGGCAACAUUCCCGAACGUACCGUCCAAGGUCUUCAGGCCUGGUACUACCGUAUGAAUCAGCGCAUACCUAUGUGCAAUCCGGAUGGCCGGCUAUGUUUCAACAACGAGGACGACCUCGAGCCACGAUAUAUCAACCUGAAGAUUUGUGACCGCGGUUAUCUGGUAAAGUGUAUAGGCCCCCUUGGUAUCGCCCAACGGUACCCUGAGCGCGCUGUCCGCUACUCUUGGGUUGAUGCCGAGACGAAAGCCAAGGCUCGAGACUUGGCUGCCAAGAGAGCUCUACAAUAUUGCGAGCGGCGAUUGAGGCGAGAGAGGCGAGAGAGGCGACUAGGGCUUCAAGGACAGAAGCAGCGACGGUUGUAG